AGCAAUAGAGAGCCCUUUCCUCCUCCUCCCUUCUCAAGUCUCAGGGAACAUCUUCCCCAUCCGUCAUCAGUUCAUCACCAAAUUAAACAUCAAGGCCACCACCACCUUGCUUAUAUAUGGGCCCUAAGCAAGAUCGCCGGCGGUCCGUGGCGAACGGGACGGCGUCGAGGAAGGAGACGAAUAAGGUGGUGCACUACCGGGAGUGCCAGCGCAACCACGCGGCGGCCAUCGGCGGGUACGCCGUGGACGGGUGCCGGGAGUUCAUGGCGUCGGGCGCGGAGGGCACGGCGGCGGCGCUGAUGUGCGCCGCCUGCGGGUGCCACCGCAGCUUCCACAGGCGCGAGGUGGAGGCCGACUUGGACUGCUCCUCCACCACCACCUCCGGCUGAAUUAUUACCAGUGCUUGCUGGCCUGUUUGCUUGCACAUACAUGUGAGCUAGCUGCAGAUGGUGAGGUGAGGGUGGGAUCGAUCGAUCGAUCAUGGGUGGCAAAGGCAUUGGAAUGAUUGGUAGGUGCAUUAUAUUCAACCGUAUAUGGACCAAUAUUUGUUUUCUUCUUCUUUUUUUGGGACCCUUUUGGCCGUGGAUUUGCAGUAAAACUUAUGUAUGUGUGUUGAUGGUUGGUAUAUGGUGCCUGUAACUGAUGCGCAUGUAUAUAGUCAAAGUGCUUUACUUGUUGUUGCCGUACGUAUAGAAGUGCAUCAUGUGCUUCUUGCUUGGGACCUGUGUCCCUGUAGUCUAAAACAAAUUAACUUGAAUUUUCCUCGA